AUCUCUUCAUCAAGAAUCUUAUUUUCUAUUCCUACUUCUGCUAAAUUAGGCGAUCGGAAUUUUCUUUUAGAUUGUCCUCGGAAAUCUGACUUUCCGGUCUUACACACUGAAGUUCCGGCAAAAACAGAAGGAAUACUGUUCAGGAGAAUGGCUUCAGGAGGACAACAAUUUCCACCUCAAAAACAAGAACAACAACCAGGGAAAGAACAUGCUAUGGAUCCUACUCCACAGUCCACUGCUCAGGAUUACAAACCCGCUAACAAACUACGAGGGAAGGUUGCAUUGGUAACAGGUGGAGAUUCAGGAAUAGGAAGAGCUGUUUGCAACUGCUUUGCACUUGAAGGUGCAACAGUUGCAUUCACUUAUGUCAAAUCUCAGGAAGAGAAAGAUGCUAAAGAUACACUUCAGAUGAUAAAACAAGCAAAAACAAGUGAUGCUAAAGACCCAAUUUGUAUACCAACUGAUUUAGGUUAUGAUGAGAACUGCAAACGAGUUAUCGAUGAAGUUGUUAAUGCCUUUGGGAAGAUUGAUAUUCUUGUUAACAAUGCUGCUGAACAACACAAAGCAGGUUCUAUUGAAGAUAUUGAUGAAGAGAGGCUUGAAAGGGUUUUUAGGACUAACAUCUUUUCUUAUUUCUUCCUGACUAGGCAUGCACUGAAGCAUAUGAGAGAAGGAAGUUCAAUUAUAAACACAACAUCAGUGACUGCAUAUAAAGGGAACCCAAAGCUACUUGAUUACACCUCAACAAAAGGAGCCAUUGUUGCCUUCACCAGAGGUUUAGCACUACAGCUAGUAAGCAAGGGAAUUCGCGUUAAUGGUGUUGCUCCUGGACCAGUUUGGACACCGUUGAUACCGGCUUCAUUUAGUGAAGAGGAGUCUGCCAGUUUUGGUAGUCAGGUGCCUAUGGGGAGAGCAGGGCAGCCCCAUGAAAUUGCACCGUCUUACGUGUUCUUAGCUUCAGAAAUCGACUCCUCUUACAUUUCUGGACAAGUUCUUCAUCCUAAUGGUGGUACUAUUGUGAACGGUUAAUCCUCCAUCAAUUCCAAAGUUAAUCAGUAGAAUUUCUGUUCUCCCCCUAUGUUGGUGUCAUGUGUUUCUAGUGAGUUGCUAUAUGGAUUACUGUCAACUACGUUCUUGUAAGCUAAUAUCUAGUGUUUCUGAGUUUUUAGUAAAUGAACUGAGAUCAAUAAAUAAGCUGUUGCUGUUUACCCGGC